AUGGCUAAAUACUGGGGUAAAAAAAACAUUGUUCGUGAAACGUCGAUCGCAAUUAAAAAGAUGAUGUACCUGGACAGCAAAAACCAAAUUGAGGUGGAACUUGCACAGAAGAUGGACCCUCCUCAAAGGAAUUUAAAUGGGCACAUCAAGCCAUUGGUUGAGUCCAGGGGCUUAGGGGAGUUGAAGCUUCUGGAGGAGUUUUGUGAGAUGGUCCAGAGUCCAAAAGCAGAGCAGAGACACUACCUGAAUGGAACUGUGGCACAUGAACAAUGCGCCCUGCACUGUGAGGAAGUUAGCCCUGUCACCAAGCAGGAGGGGCUCCACUCCUAUGCGCCAAGGAAAUUGGAGUACCAACUGUUCAACAAUGAGUCGAAAGAUGGUGAUUUCACUGACAAGUCUCCUUUACUGAAGGUUGCUUCUCAAAGGAAUGGGAGAAGCUACUUGACACUUCAUGAAAGGGAUUACUCAGCUCCGGAUGAAUCAUGGGGAUACAGCUCAAGUGAACUGGAACACAGGUGCCGACUAGGAAGUGAAGUUGGCUGGCUUUCUGCGUCUAACUCUACUGAGAAGUGUGACGUCCUGGAUAGUCUUCAUCUGAAUUUCAAACUUCCCAACAAACUUAGAUACAUGUUAAGAGUCCUGAAGAUUUCCAGCCUGUUUAUCUUCGUAGUCAUUUGCUCAGUUUUAUUUAGCGCUCAUCCAGAUCAUGAGAUCCCCCGACAAAUGGUAGCUGUAUCACCAUUUGAAAGCACUUUAUUGAAUCUGACAAACUUUGGGGACACCGUUCUUCUAAAACUGGAAGUAGCAGGACCGUUUACAGAAGACCAAAUUCGUAGGAAUACAGAGGAGUACAUCAACGUACGAAUUGAACAAGUUGCAGACGGUGGUGAAAGAAGGAGGGGUCGCCAGCAGUUAGUGCACAAUUGGACCAUUCCAUUAAAUCCACAAAGAAAUCAACUCAUCAAGACAAAGACCUUUGAGGUGGCCAGCAGCAGUGAAAUCGGCAUUAAUAUACAGGCCUUCCUUAAGAACAAUGAAGUAGUUCCACUUUCUAUCAGUUACCAGUAUCUCUACGCAAGUGUCGAGACUCAAGUUGCAAUUGCAUCUGUCAUUUUGGCUGGAGUUUACAUCCUUAUUAUAUUUGAGAUUGUUCACAGAUCAUUGGCCGCAAUGUUGGGAUCUCUGGCAGCCUUAGCUGCCCUUGCUGUAAUUGGUGAUAGGCCAAACAUGGUCACGGUUGUGGAGUGGAUCGACUAUGAAACACUGACAUUAUUGUUUGGAAUGAUGAUUUUGGUGGCAAUAUUUUCGGAAACUGGGUUUUUUGACUACUGUGCUGUUAAGGCUUAUCAGCUGUCUAGAGGAAGAAUAUGGCCCAUGAUCAUUAUUCUGUGUCUUAUUGCUGCCAUUCUUUCAGCUUUCUUGGACAAUGUCACUACAAUGCUUAUCUUCACACCAGUAACCAUAAGACUAUGUGAGGUGCUCAACCUGGAUCCCAGGCAUGUCUUGAUUGCGGAAGUUGUCUUUACGAACAUCGGCGGAGCAGCCACAGCAGUUGGCGAUCCUCCAAAUGUCAUUAUCAUCUCCAAUCAGGCACUGCAAAACAAAGGUCUGCACUUUGCAGCAUUCACAGGACACAUGUUUGUUGGAAUUAUCUUGGUCCUUCUGGUGUCCUUUCCCUUCUUGAGACUACUUUAUUGGAACAAAAAGCUCUACAACAAGGAACCAAGUGAGAUUAUGGAGCUGAAGCAUGAGAUUCAUGUUUGGAGGCUCACUGCUCAGCGCAUUAACCCUGCCAGUCGUGAAGAGACUGCAGUAAAAUGUCUGCUAAUGCAGAAGGUUCUCACCCUGGAGAACGUGCUUGGGAAAAAGCUUAGGACCUUUCAAAGAGAAAUUUCACAAGAAGAUAAAAACUGGGAAACAAACAUACAGGAACUGCAGAAAACGCACAGGAUAAUGGACAAGACCCUACUGGUGAAAUGCUCAAGUGUUUUGGGAUUUGUUAUCCUUAUGUUCUUUCUCAACUCAUUUGUCUCCAACAUCCAUCUCGAUCUUGGUUGGAUUGCAAUGUUGGGUGCCAUAUGGUUGCUGGUGCUGGCUGACAUUCAAGACUUUGAGAUAAUACUGCACAGAAUAGAAUGGGCAACGCUUCUAUUUUUUGCUGCAUUGUUUGUCCUGAUGGAGGCACUGGCCAACUUGCAAUUGAUUGACUACAUCGGAGAACAGACUGCCGUUCUGAUAAAGUCUGUUCCAGAAGACCAGCGACUUGCAAUUGCUCUAAUCCUAGUCAUUUGGGUUAGUGCCCUAGCAAGUUCCCUGAUAGAUAAUAUUCCUUUCACAGCAACCAUGAUUCCUGUGCUGCUAAAUCUGAGCCAGGCUGCUGAUGUAAACCUGCCUGUGAAACCUCUGAUUUUCGCCCUGGCAAUGGGAGCCUGUCUGGGGGGCAAUGGGACAUUGAUUGGAGCUUCAGCCAAUGUGGUGUGUGCAGGGAUAGCAGAGCAACAUGGCUAUGGCUUCUCCUUCAUGGCAUUUUUCAGGUUGGGUUUUCCAAUGAUGCUUGUCUCCACAACUAUCGGGAUGUGCUACCUCCUGGUCAUUCACGUCGUACUGGGAUGGAAUUAG